AUGUCGCUACUUACCUACAGUGUUCUGCUUGUGCUACUGUACACAGUCAAAGUAUCUGGCGAGGCUUGUCCCAAUGGAUGGACACGACACGAUGCAUCUUGUUAUUUCUUCGUGGAUAUCCAUGAAACAUGGCAGGACGCGUCUGCUCACUGUGAAGCUCUGGACUCGCAGCUAGCGUCCAUACAAUCAGAGAGGGAGGACGUUUUCCUCAGAAACACUCUGCAUCAACUUCAUGUACACGAUUCCACCGCCCGGGUAAUGUAUUGGCUGGAUGGGACUGAUAUUGCCACGGAGACGGAGUGGACAUGGGCCUACUCCGAGGAACCAAUUACCAAAUACACACACUGGUGCCCACAUCAACCGGAUAACGCAAAUGCCAAUGAAGACUGUCUGAGACUUGGAAAGUUCUGUGAUUUCGGAUGGGAUGACGGCGAUUGUGAAACGAAAGAAUUUUUCAUCUGUGAACGACACGACAAAGAGUAUGUAUACAAUUUUGUGUUGAUGGGAUGGUACAGGCACCACUUCAACAGUUGA